UUGGUGUUUAAUUUUAACUCUUCAUGUUAUCUUUGUUGGGAUGUAUGCGUGCAGAACUCUUGUGAAAGUUGACAAAAAAUUCCUAAUUUGAUGUAUGGUUUAUCAAUAUGGUUUGAAUUUGAUAUUGUUGUUCAAUCAUGUUCAAAAAGAAAAGGAAAAAGAGAAUGGUGAAAUUGUUUUGAAUUUAAGGUGUUUGAUAAAUAGCAUAUCCUUCUUGUUCAAGUUCAACCGUGCCAAAUUUUCACACUUUACAUUGAUGCAAAAUGUUACCCAGGACUCCACUCUCAGGAAUGAAAAUGCCCCUUUGACGAAUGACUUGUUCUACCUUUGUUUAGCAUUGAAUUCAGAUUCUUUCUUUAGAGAUCUUGAAAAGACUAUUGGAUUCUAUUUUUCAUGUGGUUAUUCUUUUUGCUAGCAGAACCAGGGGUGGAAGUUGAAGUGUAGAACUGAUGGAACCCCAUAAUGAAGAGAUCCAUAACUGUUUGAUCAAGCUGAGAAGUAAUCCCCAACGGCGAAGGGAUAAGGUUUACAUUGGAUGUGGAGCGGGGUUUGGUGGUGACAGGCCUUUGGCUGCUCUUAAGUUGCUUCAAAGAGUUCCAGAACUAAAUUAUCUGGUUCUUGAAUGCCUGGCCGAGCGAACUCUCGCUGAUCGUUAUCAAAUCAUGAUGUCUGGUGGUGACGGCUAUGAUUCUCAGAUUUCUAACUGGAUGCAUACGCUGGUGCCUCUGGCUUUGGAAAGAGGAACUUGCAUAAUUACCAAUAUGGGUGCAAUGGAUCCUCUGGGUGCUCAACAGAAGGUCUUAGAAAUAGCCAACAGCCUGGGUCUUAAUGUUUCUAUUGCUGUUGCACACGAGGUGUCUGUCUCUAGUAUAGGUUCAGGAUUUUCACCAGCAAAAUCAUAUAUCAUGGAGGGUGGUAUCAGCACCUACUUGGGCGCUUCUCCUAUUGUUCGUUGUCUUGAAAAGUACCAACCAAAUGUAAUAAUUACUUCGAGAAUUGCAGACGCUGCUUUGUUCUUAGCACCUAUGGUUUAUGAGCUAGGAUGGAACUGGGAUGAAUUAGAACAUCUAGCUCAAGGAUCUCUGGCUGGCCAUCUUCUAGAGUGUGGUUGCCAACUCACAGGGGGAUACUUCAUGCAUCCAGGAGACAAGUACCGAGAUAUGUCCUUCCUGCAACUACUGGAUUUAUCACUUCCUUAUGCUGAAAUCUGUUUUGAUGGUCAAGUAUGUGUAGCAAAGGCUGAAGGCAGUGGGGGAGUUUUAAAUUUCAAUACCUGUGCUGAACAAUUACUCUAUGAGAUUGGAGACCCUGGGGCUUAUGUAACCCCUGAUUUGGUGAUUGAUUUCCAGGAUGUUUCUUUCCUUCCAUUAUCAAGCUCUAGAGUUCUUUGUUUUGGGGCAAAACCAUCCACUAUAUCAGUUCCUGAUAAACUUUUGCAGCUGGUUCCACAGGAUUGUGGAUGGAAAGGGUGGGGAGAGAUAUCUUAUGGGGGUUAUGAAUGUGUUAAACGUGCUAAAGCAGCAGAAUAUCUGGUUAGAUCAUGGAUGCAAGAAGUAUUUCCUGGUCUUAAUCACAGUAUACUUUCAUAUAUAAUUGGGUUUGAUAGCCUUAAAGCUACCAGAAGUAAUGGAAAUGACUGUAGUGAAGAUAUUCGGCUACGCAUGGAUGGACUUUUUGAGCAGAAGGAACAAGCCAUCCAAUUUACUAGAGAAUUUACAGCGUUGUAUACAAAUGGACCAGCUGGUGGUGGUGGUAUCAGUACUGGAUAUAAGAAGGAGACUCUUCUAGAAAAACAUUUGGUUAAGCGCGAAGAUGUUUUCUGGCGAACUGGGAUAAAGAGAAGCACAGGAAGUCUGUCUAAUAAAGUAGUUGAUCCUGAACACAAACUGAGGCACACAUUGAGAUUGCCACCGAAGCUACAAGACGACACUGACAAAUCCUCCUCAGAAUUUGUUUCCAUUGGUAGUAGUUGCCCUGCUCCAUCUGGACAGAGGAUUCCACUUUACAGUGUAGCACACAGCAGAGCUGGAGAUAAAGGAAAUGACAUAAAUUUUUCCCUCAUCCCACAUUUUCCGCCUGAUUAUGAGAGGUUAAAACUAAUUAUCACAUCUGAAUGGGUAAAAUCAGUGGCCUCCUGUCUAUUGGAUUUGUCCCUUUCUCCUGAUUUAGAUGCAAUAAAUCAAAGAGAUAAAUGGAUGAAUGAAAUUGUUAAAGUUGAGAUAUAUGAAGUCAAGGGAAUCCAGUCACUGAACAUUGUUGUCAAGAACAUCUUGGAUGGUGGUGUCAACUGUUCUAGAAGAAUUGAUCGGCAUGGAAAGACCAUUUCAGAUCUCAUACUGCGUCAACAAGUUGUGUUGCCUCCUUGAUUGUGUGAUUUACUACUCAUAUGGCAAUGUUCCCAUGAGUGGAAAUGAACUGAGCAUUGCAAAACUUAGAAUGAUAAAAAUUAUUGAAGCUUGGACUGAUCGCAUUAUCUUCGAUUGAAGCAGGACUCCUACACAGACUUCUGAUGAUAAUUAACAAAGGCUGUAGCCACAACAUCCCUUUAAAGAUUAUGGUGGGAAGCCUUAUAAACCUCACAUUAGGUGGUUCUGUUUCUUUGUAAUAUUCUGCAUAACUACCGACAACUAGAAAUUAUUAUUUAUAUGAAUUUUAAGAUAGUUAUUAUAAAAAGUCAACAAACUUAUAGUACAUAAUGGUUUGUGAUU